AUGAGUGCUCCUGGAAUACCAUGCCAGAGCAGCAUAUGUCCUAAUGGCCACCCUGCGUCGACCCUGGAAUGCCCGACGUGCCACAAACUCGGUAUCAAAGGUUCCUUUUUCUGCGGUCAGGAAUGUUUCAAGGCGGGAUGUGAGCAGAAAACGCACAAGCUCAUCCACGAGCUAGCCACCCGCAGUGACCCCAACGUAAACAUAGCCUACCUGCGCACAUCACUCACAUGUCGUCCCUCAGACGGCACCUUCAACCCAUUCGCGAGCUUCAACUUCUCGGGCAAGAUGCGCCCCGCGUACCCGCUCUCGCCGAGGCGCCCCGUGCCGGAUUACAUACAGCGGCCUGACUAUGCAGAAGAUGGUCAGCCCAUAUCGGAGAACAGACGUGCGGGCCAGCCGGUUAGGAUUCUCACCAAGGAGGAGCAGGAGAAGAUGCGGACUGUCUGUCGGCUUGCACGCGAAGUGCUCGAUAUCGCCGCUGCGGCGGUUCGUCCUGGGAUUACGACGGACGAGAUUGACGAGAUCGUGCACAAUGCGAUCAUAGAGCGCAACGCGUACCCAUCGCCUCUCAACUACCGUGGCUUUCCUAAAUCUGUCUGCACAUCUGUCAACGAGGUAAUCUGUCACGGCAUUCCUGAUAAACGCAAGCUGCAAGAAGGAGACAUCGUCAAUCUCGAUGUGACGCUGUAUUAUGAUGGCUUCCACGGCGAUUUGAACGAGACCUAUCCGGUCGGGCACGUCAGUGAAGGAGCUCAAAAGCUCAUGCGCGUAACUCGCCAGUGCCUAGACGAGGCCAUCAAGAUCUGCAAGCCAGGCGCACUCUUCCGCGACCUCGGCAAGAUUAUAGAGCCUAUUGCACGCGGAAACAACUGCGCGGUCGUGCGCACGUACUGCGGGCACGGCAUCCACGAACUCUUUCAUUGCGCCCCAAAUGUGCCGCAUUAUUCCAAAAACAAGGCUAUUGGCACUAUGAAGCCCGGCAUGGUCUUCACAAUCGAACCUAUGAUCAACUUGGGUCAUAACUGGGACGUGAUGCACUGGCCUGAUGAGUGGACUGCGACUACUGUUGAUGGCAAGCUGAGUGCUCAAUUCGAGGACACCCUCCUAAUUACCGAGACCGGCGUAGAAAACCUCACUGCAGGCAAACGAAGAGCAGAUCUGUAUGACUAG